GGAAAAAAAACAUGGCCGGCGAGCCAAACAUCAAAGCUGCCAACGUAUGACUGUUACGCGUAUAAAUUAAAAACAUGUCGUUUUCGGAUUUAUACGCUAAAUAUAAUUGUACUUAUUGUCAAGAAGAAAUAAAUGGUGUUCGUGUAAGAUGUGCCGAAUGUAUAGAUUUUGAUAUUUGUUUGCAGUGCUUUUCGCUCGGUGCUGAAAUUGGACAACACAAAAAUGACCACUCUUAUCAGUUUAUGGACUCCGGUGCUUUUGGUAUAUUUUUGGGGCGUACAAGUUGGUCUGCCAAUGAAGAAGUUAGACUAUUGGACGCUAUAGAACAAUUUGGGUUUGGGAAUUGGGAAGAUAUCGCUAAACAUAUAGAAUCGCGAACACCAGAAGAGGCCAAAGAUGAAUACAUAACUAGAUAUUUGGAGGGAAGUAUAGGAAGAGCUACAUGGGGUAAUGUGGAAAGCACAAGUCGGCCUUCACUGCACUGUGCAGAUAGAGAUGAAGGUCCAUUAGGACCGAGUGCAGUAUCUCGUCUUCCUCCACUAGCAGUCACUCCAGAAGAAGCUUUGCAUUUAGGUUAUACACCAAAUAGAGAUGACUUUGAAAGGGAACAUGAUCAUGAAGCGGAACAGCUAAUUUCAACAUUAUCAUUAAAUCCCGAUGAUGAUGAGUUAGAUGUUGCUCUCAAAUUAUCUCAAGUGGAUAUCUACACACGUCGAUUGAGAGAACGAACAAGAAGAAAAAGGCUAGUGAGAGACUAUCAAUUAGUUUCAGUAUUCUUCAAUAAUCAAAGAAACAAACAAAGGACACUCGGGAAACUUGCCAAAGAGAAAAAGGAGUUCGUGGAGCGGCUGCGCUGGACGGCGCAGUUCCUGGGGCGCGCGGAGCAGGGCAGCGCGGCGGCGGGGCUGUGGCGCGAGCGCGAGCUGCGCGUGCGCCUGGCUGAGCUGCACCGCUACCGGCUGGCCGGCGUCACGCGCCUCGAGGAGUGCGCGCACUACGACCUCCACGCCGCGCACAGGAAACACCCCCACGCUGCUCAUUUACACGGCAGCAGUGGGUGCCUGGAAAUCAACCAGACAAAAGAACAAAUGCAGAACAACAUGCUGCUGCCAAGAAAAAGAGAAGGCGAAAGCGGCUCAAGUUCCACCAGCCCAAAGUGCACACGGGACGGAAGUACCGCAUGUGGAUGCUCCAGAAAGAGCUCAUGCAGCAACAGCAACGGCGUCUGCUCGACGCAUCUUCUCAACAAUAAUGAAAUACAGCUAUGUAGUGCACUGAGCUUGGCGCCGGCGCAGUACGUGACGCUAAAGGGGGUGCUACUGAGGCGGGCGGCGAGUGCGGAGUGCGACACGGAUGUGGCGGUGCGUCGAUAUCUGCAAGCAGUGGGCUGGAUACGUGAAUAGCACCACGCCCCGCCCCCAGACCCGCCCCCAGAUUCGCCUCCUGCCCCGCUGCCUGAUGCUUUCGCCCCAGACGUCUAUGCAUCGGACGCGGAUCUAUACGCUCCGCCC